AUGUCUGAGUCUCUGUACGCGUCUUGCGCGCAGGUUCUAUCCGUAAGCCAGUCAAACGACGACCUCAAAACCCUACUAGAUCCCCGUGCCGGAUUUGCGCCUCGGUUGAGACAAUUGUGCCUAGAACAACUGGCAGACUUGGAGGAUCGAGGCCCUGCCGAUGUCUCACUUGCGGAAAUUGAGAGCUUGAGGCUGGAGAGCGAGACGUGGGCACUACUGCAGGCUAUAAUGCCUCUACGCAAGACGGCGCCACCCGAAUAUCCCGACCCCCGCUCCCUCCUCGCGUCAAAUCCCUACACACCGCCAGCAACCCUUGCACAAUCCAUAAUGAACGCUUCGCCUCUCCUCUCCGCACUCGUGGUCGUCCGAGAAUGGCUUCACGACGCAGCUUCCGCAGUCCCGCCAUUAGACCCUGGCGCGACCAACGGCUACUGGCGAUUCACGAACCACGUCGUGAAGCAGAACCUUCGCACGGGUGGCGCAGCUGGUGGUAUCGUCUCGGAAAUGGAUCCUGAUGCGGUGAACAGAGGGGAACAGGCGAAGGCAUUGGCGGUUGACGAUGCAAACUACGAAAGACUCCUUUUGCAAGCUCUCUUCACCCUCGUACGCGCAGGGAAACUCGACGAUGCCAUAGAUCUGUGUAGGCGAGCGGAGCAACCGUGGCGGGCUGCCAGUAUUAACGGCGCACUGCUCCUACGGUGGAAGGCUAUCGCCAGCGCACCGCGUGAUGAAGAAGCCGAGGACGAGAUGGACGUCGACGAAGGGUGGCGGGGUAACUUGCGGAGGAAACUCUGGAAGACGACGUGCACGCGGGCAGCGCUGAACCAAAACCUGUCACCCACAGAGCGUGCGCUUUACGCUGCGCUAGCACCGUCACCACAGACAUCGGCCCCGCUGAAGGCAUCGUGCAGGACGUGGUCUGACCAGUUGUGGGCUGUUGUAUCGAUAGCAUGCGAGGAACGAUUGGCGGUUGGCCUUGCCGGCCUUGCGAGCGAAAGCUUCUGGGAGGGCGGAGUGGCUGGCGUAGAGGCACCAGUGCCCGAAGAGGAUGUCGAGGAAGUUGAUGGGGGAAGUAGGAUGGAGACGGAGGAGGAGGAUUGGGAGAAGGAGGUCUUGAGUGCGUUGGAAUCAUUGAGUAGUGUUGCGGUGGAGGAGGGGCCCGAUGCAAAUGACCCGUUCCACGUUUCCCAGCUGCAUAUCAUCUUGGACCGGACGGAUCAGCUUUUGCAAGCAUUCGCGAGCAGUUUGCAGCAAGGAGAGUAUGACACCUCAACUCCACAGUAUGCCUCGAUGACCCGAUUCUUCGCACAUCUGUGUUUGUACUUCCAAAUGAUCGACAUUGACGUACCACCGCUAGCCACCCAGGUCAUCCUGGAGGCAUACUUGCAGGUUCUUGAGGCAGCAGGGCAGCGUGAGUUGAUUGCGAUGUACGCGGGCGCACUGGGAGACAAUGCCAUCGAGCGCUACGCAAUGUUCUUGACGUCUCUCGAGCUCUCUGCUGACACAGCAGAGCGCCGACUCGCAUUAACUCGUGCACGGGAUCAUGGGCUCGAUAUGCAGCGGGUCGCGAUCGCUACAGCGGAGCGAACAAUUGAGAAGGCGUUCCAGGAACUGCCACCAGCGAAGGGCCCUCUACCGUCCAUCAUCGGGAUGCAACCACCUGCCUCCGAACUGGAGCUGUUGCUCCUCCGUUCCAUCGAAUGGACCACCUUCAUGGAAUCCACAUAUUCUAUCGCGCUCGAACAGGCGAAUGUUAUCCUGCGAUAUUUCCUCGGUUGUGGCCGCGUCCAGGUGGCGAAGGUGCUACUCGAGAUGCUCCCUGCUGAUCUGUCAUCGAUACGUGAACCUGAGGAGUUUGCGACGGAGCAUUUACACUAUCGACAAUUCUUUGUCGUGUGGGAAUCAUUGGCGCGUGUGGUUGAGUGCCAGGCGCUGGAAUCACCGAGCAUGAACAGAGAGACGCGGGCGGCAUGGCUCGAUGACUACAAGCUCCUGUUGCGACAGGCUCGAGAACAAGUCACUAAACUGUUAACCAACGAUUGGCUCAUCAUUGAUGCAGAAAGAACAGCAAGUGAGUCGUCGAUCGACCGGCGCAGGAGAGAGCUCGUUCGUAUACGCCAGAUCUACAUCCCUGAACUGAUCAUCCGCCUACACGCGUUGUUGGUGGCGUCGAGAUCAAAAGUACCUGAAAACCUCAAGCACGCCUUGUUGCUCGCAAACAUCGUCGCGGACUCUCGCCACAAGUUGACUGAAGACUUCGUCAGCCAGGACGGCAGGCGUCUUGGCGACUACUUGGGCGCUGUCCGGCAGGCCGUCCUGGCAGGCCUGGAGGCUGGAGGCUCAGAUCCGUUCAGGAUCGUGACAUUAUAGUAUGUAUGUCAGGGUGUCACUUCCGUGUUCAGCGGGUGUUAUCUGGACUGCUGGCAAUUCCCAUUGGUAGGCCUUACGAGCUUGAAUUAUCACUAUGCUAAGUCGGCCCCGUUUUGUGCAUGAUCGUAGACUCAGUACGAGCGAAACUCAUACACCGCAACACUGUGUCCUUGUCGAGAGAUGAUCCUUGAGUACAGUGCUCCUCUCCACCAUCACGCACACCAUAAAUUUCUCAGAAAGACGAAUCACUUUUGUCGGACGACUCUAUCUGUCAUGGUGUAGUAAAUCAGGGCAUCUGGAGAGCCAGGGUGGCAAGAAGUGCAGUGGGCCCGUCACGGAACGUGUCCGCAGUGAAGUUAAUGGAAGGGGUGGGAU